CAAUUUUCAUUUCGCGUCAAGCAAGCUCCAGUGGUGCACAGAUUAAAAAUAUAUGUUGCCGCGAGCGAGCGUCAGCUGCGUCAGUGAAAAUUUUUCGCUUUGCUUGCGAAUGUUUGUAUCAAAUUACGUUGAAAUAAAUAUUCGUGUUAAAUGAACGUUAGUGGUGAUUUAGUGAUUGUGAUUCGUUAGUUUCUGGAAUAGUUAACUGUUUCUGUGACUGUUGAGGUUAUCUGCCGCGAGAAUACCAACAGUUUUGCAAGAUGGUAAUAGAGAAAGUGCAUGGUCUUCAUUCUACGGGAAUGAGCCUCCAUGAUCGGUUCUCGAUGUUGGCAAGUGCAGCACCGGAUCGCGUACUUCAGCGAAAGAGACGCGCUUCAGUGGGGUCUCUAAUAAGCCAAAAUUACAACUACAGCAACCGUUUGAUUGAACAGGUCGCUCGCCGGUUAGAGAUGCAAGCUAAAAGGCUAGCACUGAGACAGCGGCUAGGUUAUCAACAGUCCAAUUUACGCCGAGUUGGUAGUGAAGGCAACCUGUCAGGUCUGCGUAGAUCCAACAGUUUCGGUAACCUGAGCCAACAGAGUAUCAAGAACAGAGUCGCUUGGAGACAGUCAAACAAUAAUCUGAGUAGGUCAGCUUCCUUCAGCAACCUCGCCAAUCUAGCUCGGCGCGCUCGACCAGCACGCGGGUUUCGCAAGCGCGGUGGCGGCCAGAGAGCAUUACGGGGCAAGAUCAGGACUGGUCGUCAAGUAGGAAACCGUCAAGUUGGUCAGUUAAGGCUGAGGAAUGGUUUGCAACAGAAUGGACAGCGUCGUGGUUUCCAGCAACGCCGAGGAAUGCGCCGCCGCGGUGGACAGCAACAGAAUGGGCAACGCCGUCAGACCCAGCAACAGAAUGGAUUCCAGACACAGGGCAACAAGCAAAUGGGUGGGGCACAGGGACAGCGAGCACAAACAGCACGACGAGGCCGCGCGAGGGGACGAGGUGGCAUCACGCGCAGCCAGUCACAAAACCGUAUUCUCACCAAGGAGGAGUUGGAUGCACAACUGGACCAGUACAUGUCAUGCACCAAGGCAGCUUUAGACCAAGAGCUAGACAACUAUAUGAAAAACGCCAUGGAGUUAGAGUGAUAUAAACUGUUAAUGUGACUUUGUGUGUGUAUCCUGGUGAUAAAAGUGGAUGGGUGAGACUUUUGUACUAAUUCUCUUUGACUAGUUUCUCUAAUAUAGACCGAGAGCUUUCCAUGAUUUGUUUGACAUUUCAAGUAGAGCUCUGUUUGUUGUUUAUAUCAUAAUCUGCUAUUAGCCUUAUUUUGUGACGUCAUUUGGACGUAGUUACGCAAAAAAGUUUACUACCAUUUGGUCGAAAAUUAUCUGAAUAUGCCAAAUUGAUCCUUAAGGUCUAUAUUUUCUAGGUCUACAUUCAAAAUAUGUUAAUGAAUAAUGGUAAAAUAAAUAAUGACCUUUUUAAUAUGGGGGAAGGAACUCAGCAACACCUGUGACAAAUUUUUAGUUAAAUUCGGCAAAAACAAUCCCAGCUGUUUGGAUCACUUUGAAAAAAUAUAAGAAAUGGAAACCGUCAACAACUUACAACUUAAAAUAAAUCCAAUCCACUUGGAUCAAUCUCCAAAUCAACAAAACCAAAAACUAGAAUAUCAAUAAGCAUAAACCAUUUAAACUUGUAAGCUUAAUUAUCUCAAAAGUGUCAUUUUGAGAGUUGCUUUCUUUUUGUGUAACUACGUCCAUUUAAUACAUUGCUGACGGUGACAUCAUCGCUAUAGGAAUUGUGUAGUAAAUUAUAUUGCAAUAAUUCAUAUCUUUAAUUGUUAUUGAUUAACUUUUGGCAGGUUUUGUGUACAGUUGUUCUAAUCUUAAUUAGUUUACUAAGAUGAUGUGUGUAAACUACUUUUUACCUAAAACUGGUUGUACUGUUAUUCUUAUAAAUGUAAAUAUAUAUUAAAUAUAGAAUUGUUUGUUUCUUUUUUUUAGUUAUAUAAAAGAGAUUUAAUAUUUAGAGUUAUUAAAUUCUUAGCUGAUCAAGUUUUACACGGAGAUAUUUAAUUAUUAUUUUAACUAAUCCUUAGUAAUAAUUGUGUGCCGAAACUUAUUGCUAAUGAAUAUGUUAAGUAAUAAUUAAAUUACUCUCUCUGAGUUGUAAUUAACUAUCUUAGCUUUUAGUUAAAUCAACCAGUUUUAGGUGUUCAACUCCUUAUGGCCUCAUUAUCAUUAGUCCAUGAUGUAAGCUAUGAGCGUUCCUACAUAUGAAAAAUGAAAAGUUAAGUUCUUACAACGCCUAUUAAAAGCAAUAAAAUGUACCAAGGAAAAUGUUAACAUAUUAUGUCACUUUCUAUGUAAGAUUACCUAGUGAUCCGCUCGUCCUACUUUUUACUCGCUUUCCCAUUUAUUUUUCAAAAUUUUCUCUCAAAAGAUAACAAAUAUAAAAAGAAAGGAAUCAGCUAAAUCGGUUCAGCUGUUACCGAGAUUUCCGCUCAGCAAUACAUUUAGACAUUUUUAUUUAUUCAGAUGGAAUAGCUAACCUGGCGAUAUUGGUACUGCCUCAAAAAGAGAAAUAUCAGUUUCAGCAAUCCUUU